GUUUGGCACCGCAUAUGCAAGUGGAUCUAUUGGCUGUAAAGUGGGCAGUUUUGCAGCAGGCUUACCAUAAAUAUGACAUCAAUACCAACCACAUACAAUGAGAAGGAUAAUACCUGGAGUGGGGCCAAGCGGAGCUCCAUCUUCAACUAUGAUAUGUCUGUGGGCAAAGUCAUAUUCAAUACCAUGAGGAACUGGCCCAAAAAUGUGUGCCAGAUCAACGAUGUUGACGGCGUUUCUGUCACCAAUGGGCAGGGCAUCACCUGGGCUGUACGCAUUGCCCAGUACCUGAAAAAGCGGGGCCUCAACCACAAGGAUGUAAUUGGCAUCGCUGCGAAAAAUACCACCUAUGUGAUGCCCUUGGGUGUGGCCUGUCUAAUGAAUUGCACACCCUUUCAUUCUGUGAAUCCAAUGCUCGAUGAAGCGACCAUUCAGCAUGUUUAUGAAAUAACUAAGCCAAUGCUUAUAUUCUGCGAUGGUCUGGAUUAUAAGAAAAUACAUGCGGCUACACUGGGCUGGCAUCCGGAAAUAUAUACCCUCAGCGAUCCCAUUGAGGGUGUGCCCAAGAUAGAGACUCUGUUGGAUCCGACUACGACCGAAAUGUUUUAUCAACCGGAACUUCUUAAGUCUGGCGGUGACCAAACGGUGGCCAUUUUAUGCUCCUCCGGCACCACGGGCUUACCGAAAGCCGUUUGCAUUUCGAAUAGUAUACUUAUACAGGAGAGCAUGCUCGUCAACAGCGAAUCGGUUAUCUUUGUGUCCAGCUCACUGGAUUGGAUUACUGGCCUGUGGGCCUUCAUCUUCAGCACCGUAUUUGGCUGUACUCGCAUCAUCACUAACCGACCCUUUGCACCCGAAUAUUUUGUGGAAUUGGUUAAGAAGUACAAGAUCAACUAUGCCGUCGUGCCGCCGAGACAUUUGUCCGCCUUGAUCACGUGUCCGGAGGCCACGGCAGAGUCCCUAAUGCCCAUACGUAUGCUGAAUUAUGGCGGAGGCCUGGUGUCCAUGGCCACGCUGCAGCGUGCCCAGGAGAUAUGUAAAUCGGCCAUGUUUAAUUCGGGUUACGGCAUGACCGAAGUGGGUGCCAUAACUGUAAAUAUUGGCAUUAGUAAUACCGCAUCAGCGGGCCGACUACUGCCGGGCAUUAAAAUUCGAAUUGUCGAUGAGGAGGGCAAGAGCCAGAGCUACAAUCAGGUCGGCGAGAUCUAUGUGCACACCGGACAGGCCUGGAAUGGUUACUAUGGCAAUCCCGUGGAAACCCGUCGCAUGCAAGAUUUUGAGGGCUGGUUCCACACCGGCGAUCUGGGCUAUUUUGAUGAACAGAAUUUCCUGUACAUUGUCGAUCGCAAAAAGGAGAUUCUCAAGUACCAGGGACUGCACUAUUGGCCCACUGAAAUCGAGAGUGCGAUUGCGGAGCUGCCGCAGGUGCAGGACGUUUGCGUUGUGGGCAUCUAUGAUGAGCGCGAAGGCGAUGCGGCUGGCGCUUUGGUUGUGCGGCGCAAAGGCUGCGAGAUUAGCGCCCAAGAGGUGAUUAACCAUGUGGCCAAGCGUCUGAAUGGCACGCAAAAACAAUUGCACGCCGGAGUCCGUUUUGUCGAUAAGCUGCCAGCUAACGUGAACGGCAAGACUCUUCGAAAGUCAGCCCGGGAGUUGUUUGUUUCCCAGCCAAACUAAGACCACGAGCAAAUAUAUUUCACUUGAAUCGUGUACUUCACUUUAUAAGUAAGAGUACUUGAGUUAUAAAUGAGAUACAGAUAACCAA